AUGGCCUCGAAGGUCCAUCUCGUCCGCCACGCAGAAUCGGUCCACAAUGUCACUCAUGACUUCUCUCAGUUGGAUCCUGAGUUGACCCCUCUUGGCCUUCAGCAGGCCACAGAGCUCGGCCAGCUAUUUCCCCCCGCCCCUCAGGUGGGUGUUGUCAUCACCUCUCCACUUAAACGAGCUGUCCAAACCACCCUCACUGCUUUUCCACACAUCCUUGAUAAACGGUAUUUCGACCCAGAGUCUGGGCAUGGAGCGCAGAAUGGGGCAAUCCUUUUCUUGGACCCAGAUUUACAAGAGAGAAGUGCUCUUCCCUGUGAUACCGGGUCCCCAACUAGGGUCCUGGAAGCGGCUUUUCCAAGACUAGGUUUCCAGGAUUUGGCUCAGGGCUGGCAAGUGAAAGAGGACCUAUAUUCUCCCGCCAUCGAAGCUGUGGAGGAGCGGGCACGGAGGGUAAGAUCUCGUAUUGCCACAAUUUGCGAAGAUCUUCAACAGCAAGGACGGACGGACGUUGUGGUUGUAACUCAUGGAGUGUUCAUGAGGUUCUUGUUAGGAGACCCAGACAUUGAUCUGCCGAAAGCAGGCUGGAAGAGCUAUGCCGUUGGGACCCACGGCUCCGAUGUUGUUCUGUCGCCUCUCUAG